UGAACAAAACAACUGAAACGGAUCUUAAUCGCAAAGCAAGCAUGACAAACUGCAAAUUGAGAUUCGGUUGAAGGACGUGUGAUGAGAACUCUGAUUAUGUUGAUUCGAUCUUGAACUUGGCUUCAAUUGUUAUAUUCCUUUUCAAAUUAAGCUGAGUUGAUCUGAAGGUUGUUUUUAUUGGAUUCUUGCAGUCAAUGCAAUGGUGGUCUGCAAAUGUCGCAAGGCUACUAAAUUAUAUUGCUUCGUGCACAAAGUUCCUGUCUGUGGAGAAUGUGUCUGUUUCCCAGAGCACCAAAUUUGUGUGGUUCGAACAUAUUCAGAAUGGGUUAUAGAUGGGGAUUACGACUGGCCUCCUAAAUGCUGUCAAUGUCAAGCUGUCCUUGACGAGGGGGCGGGAUCUCAAACGACUCGACUGGGUUGCUUGCAUGUUAUCCACACAAACUGCUUGGUAUCACAUGUCAAGAGUUUUCCUCCACACACUGCCCCAGCAGGAUAUGUGUGUCCGGCAUGUUCCACUUCGAUAUGGCCUCCUAAGAGUGUGAAAGAUUCAGGAUCCCGUCUUCAUUCCAAGUUGAAGGAAGCUAUCGGGCAGACUGGUAUGGAAAAGAAUCUCUUUGGAAAUCAUCCUGUUUCAUUGCCAGUCACCAAAUCCUCCAGUCUUCCUCCUGCAUUUGAUUCCGAGCCAUUGAUUAGUAGGGAAGAUAUUACAAACUCAAAUUCAGUAGAGGGAUACUCACGUGCAAACGGAUCAGGACCUUCUACAGUUUCGGUUACAGAUAUUGUGGAGAUAGAGGGGCCUACUCCAGCAGGGAAUUUCAUGAAAGCCUCGAGUCCAACUGCGCCCGGUGCUACUACAAGGAAGGGCUCACUCCAUAUUGACAGGCAAAAUUCCGAAGUUCCAUAUUAUGCUGAUGAUGAAGAUGGGAAUAGUAAAAAGUACACAAGGAGAGGUUCAUUGCGCCAUAAGUUUCUUAGAGCAUUGCUUCCCUUCUGGUCUGGUGCUUUACCUACGCUGCCAGUGACGGCACCUCCGAGGAAAGAUACACCAAAUGCAAAUGAUGUCUCAGAAAGCCGUACACGGCAUCAAAAAUCAUCAAGGAUGGACCCAAGAAAAAUCCUUCUCGUGAUUGCCAUCAUGGCAUGCUUGGCAACUAUGGGUAUAUUGUAUUACAGACUAGCGCAACGAGGUCCUGGUGAGGAACUUCCUAGUGAUGAGCAGAGGUGACGCGCAAUAGGUUCUGAAAACCAGAUGUUUACUUGCUCCCAUUUUCAUAUAUUUCUGGUCACUUGCUUCCCUAGUUGUUUUUCCGGUUAAAGCAUACCAGUGAAUGGUACAUAAUUUUCGUUUGAAAUCUGAUGACGGCAUUGUUACAUAAAACCCUUCUCAGUGAUCUUUGUUCUUUGCCGUCAGUUUUGGCUGAUUUUACGAUUGGUUAUAUGUAAUUAUAAAGUGUUUGCUAAGAGUGCCUGCUGUUUAGUUUUGCCUCAAA